AUGUCCACCAACCCGCAAGCGAGCGGACUACCUGGCGUUAACAUGGCGACAGCGGCAUUUGGCAAAGCAACCCUCCCCACCCUUGGCAGCCGCGUCGACCUUGCCCAUCAUAUCCACAUCGUCGACAACUGUUUGCUAGAGUGUGGUCUGGCAACGUUGGAUACUGAGGGUAAAGUGUGCAUCAAGCCCCAGAGCAAGUACGUAGCAAUGUCACGCAUACUAACCAGUCUGUCAACGGUUAAGGAAGUUGCGGCGUCUGCUCAACGUGCGGCUACUCGGUUCGAUUACGACUGGGUUUCGGUGAAACGGCUCCUUACUCGCCAGUAUUGUAAAAAGGAGACUCUCAAGGCCGAGUACUCUUCCCAGUUAACGAAGCUAAGGCUUAUUUCCGAGUCCGAUGACCCCGAGCCAUUCAUUGAAAAAGCUACUGAGUGCUUCGCCCUGUGCCAGCGUGCGUUCGACGACGAUAGGAGUGAACGGCGAGCCUUCAUUCGCGCACUCUGCAAUCGACUUCCUCACGACUGUGUCCUCUCAAUUCUGAGGUCGGUCCAGAGCGCCCUCCUUGCGAAGGGGCUCAGCGAUGGAGACACGGAAUGGGAGACAUCGAUCGCUUUCGAUGAUUUCGACCUAGCUGCUCGCGAAGAGGCCGACGCGCCACCGGUUACAGCCAUAACCUUUUGUUCAGCGCUGAGGAGCUCAUGUGGUCUCGCUCGUGAAGCAAGGUUACUGACGAGUUCACCCCAGGUAAAAACAGACGCUAUUAAAGCAAUUCGUGAAGCAGGAGACCACCCCCAGCGACGCCCGAAGUUCUCUGAGAAGUUCCCUUUCGUGGUCUAUGUCAGUGGAUCCCUUGUAGACGAUCGGGAUAAGUUCCCUAAGUACAUCGCUACGGUCAAGCCUACUGACUCCUUGCGCACGAAAAACAAGAGGGGGAAGCCAUAUGCUCUUCUGGGAUUCGCUACGGAGGAAGCAGGGUCGUCGGCGCUGGCAGACCUUCAAGCUGAUCGUGGGUCAGGCCUCGUGGUUCGUCAAUUCCAGACCGAUCCGCCAAAAAACGGACCGGGGCCCCGUCAUUACUUGAUCGCCAGGGAUCCAGGCUCACUGGCAGGUCUCGAGGGUCAUGCUUCCCCGCGACCUGUUCUGCAAUCUGUCCGCUUAGCAGAUGGCUCUCUGUAUCAUGUGAAUACCAUAUAUGAUGUAUCUCUACGAGUCUAUGACGUUAAUGCUCACCCGGUCAUAGACACGGUGGUGCCUCUACGUCUUCUCGUGGCUCCGGCCGCGCGCCCGCAGAUUCUCAUAGGUCGUGAUCUCAUUGAGCGAUGGGGUUUAUGCAUUAAAGGAGCCACUCAAAUCGUGAGCAGGUGCGGUGAAGUCCUUUAUCAACGACCUUGCGACGAGAAGCAAUUUGCUACCCUAAGCCACGCCCCAGUGUUAGCUAAUGUAUCUGAGGAUGAUCGGCAAGAUCCCUCUGCACCUCAGACACUCGCAGGGUACCAACCCGACCCUAAUGGCCAGGAGUUUAUUCCUGUCAUCGAGGACGAGCUCCGUGAUGACCUAGAUGCAUGGCUGCUGGAUCUUGUUGAGGUCGGUGUGCGACAGUUCGGCCCGGGAGUAGAGGGUCCGUAUCGCAUGCAACUGCUCCCCAUGGCAGCGGGAGACACUCGCGAUACACCCUUACAGAAAUUCUACUUCCGCUUCUCCCUUCCUCCACCAAGCUCAGCUUCUCCAGCACGGCGAAUAUACGCUCGUCAGUUAUACGACAAAUUGUCCGAGGAGGCCAAAGUGAAAUAUCGCCAACUCAUAGACGAUUAUGUUCAACGCCACUGGUGGCAUCCUAUAGACAAGUCCGGCCCUUUACCUAGCGAUCUAGCUCCAGCUGAGAUAUUCCUACUCGGUGGUCGGUCAGAAGACAAACGGAAGCCGCGCCUUGUGGCUGACUUCCAGCCAUGCAAUCUACAACUACCGCCGAGUAGCACAUCUGGCAUUGCCAUAGAUGACGUCCUGCUAGUCAUCCGUGCUCUGAGUCCUGCGUCUCUCUUCAGCUUCGACGCGGCCUCAGCAUUCUAUAGAGUGCGACUCAAUACUAAUCGUCCCGUUCUGCUGCAUACGGGUCUAGCGGAGGGAUCCCAACCCGAUUACUACAGCGAUAGAGCUGCGUUUGGAAUAUCAUCUGGUCCCCAGGCAAUGGAGGCGAGCCUGGGAUGGUUGAUACACAAGUUUGGGAGCUCUCCUUUCGCGGCGUUGCUGAUACUUCUCGCCAUAUUUGUCGAUGAUGGCAUUGCGGGAAGUUCCGAUCGGAAGAUAGUACGAGUUGCAUUGUCGCUUUUGUACGCCCUAUCGGUAUGUGGAUUUGGAUGCUCCUUGCUCAAGAUGCAGUUUAUAACUGCCUAUGCCGACCUGGUCCAGAACGGUUUCAUCGAGCCUUCCGCUGUUCUACUGCAUCUUGGCUGCUCCUUAUCAUAUAUUGGUCACUCGCUACGAGCCUGUUGUCAAAAUGAAGCACGUUUGGCCGAUGUGCUCUCUCUCUGUAAGGCCUGGCAGGCAGCUGGCAAAAGAGCUCGCCUCGACAAAAGAGCGGUAUUCAAACUAGGGGGGCAGAUUUCUGUCGACCCUCUACAUCUGCACGGGACAUGUCGUUUGAUAGGUGACUGCUUUCGAAGACUCAUUGGUAGGGCAUGCUCGUCGAUAGGAUGGAACGAGCCCAUAGACUUCGAGGCGUUCACUGAGCCCUUAUAUGCCGCAUGGAGUGAGCUGCUGCAAUGGUGUCAGGACGAAUGUGAAUUAGAAAAGCAACGCUGCGUCCACGAUAUCCCCUACGAACUCGGAGCUGUCGAGAGCAUCAAUCUUUCGGUCUUUACGGAUGCCAGUCAAAGCGGCGGUGGUUAUGUGAUCUUCAAAAAAGGUACCGACGGUGACCUCUAUGCGAUUGCGAACGCCGCCUUCGGAUGGCGCCAGCACCAAACCGUUUGGCACUCUAAUAGGCGAGAGCUCUGCGUCCUCUUGCGAGCUCUCAGGGCACUAGUAGAGUUGUGUUCUAAUAUCAAAGCCAUGUGUCCCAACCCAACUCUGAAAAUCAGCGUCGAUAUCGGCUGUGAUAACAAAGCAUCAGUUGCGUGGGUUAACGACACAGAUUUUUCCUUGCGGGAACAUCGCUCGAAGAGCUCCAUCGCUGUGGAGAAGAGGGUUAUCCAGAGGCUUGUGUUAGCCGUAGCCGAAGAAUUUCGUGCUCUGCGUAAGUUGCAGCCCUCGGUUACCUAUAAGGUCUAUCACUGUCCAGGGGUCAUGAAUGAGAUUGCAGACUCCUUAAGUCGUGCUCUUGAUCGGCCAUGCGGUGGUUCUGGUCCCUUGCUUUCCACAAUUCUAGCGUCGGUUCCGGGUAUUGAUUUUUCGGGCCCACAAUUAAUUGACCACGCCGUAGCUCAAGCCGAGAGACCGUCCUCAGAUGAUGUCUUCGUAAUACACUCGAUAGAGGAGGAAGUACAAGAUUCGUUAUUCCUCCCGUGUCCGUCAUUAGAUUUUACUACCAUUAACGAUUCUUGUGAUCAUUUGCUGCGGAUUUCUCUUUAUCAUCCCAUCAUGGCAGAGGCAGAUACUACUACUGCAGCCUUGGAUGCGUUGCGCGUGUUCGACGAAUUAGAAGAGGCAGGCAGUGAUUCCGUCGACACCGUUACUUUGGUGAAAGAAGAUGCCGAUGAAGGAUUCCUACUCGACCGCCUAUUGGAGUUCAAUAGCGUCAAGGCUAUCUACAGGAUGGUCGCCGUGCUACGUGGUAUCUUAGUCUUCUGGAAUACAUAUUGCGCAUCCAAAAAGCGCUAUCCUCUGCGCCAAACUGCACAAAGGCUUGCCCGGAAUGGCAGUCGAGCUCCUCCCCAACUCCUAGUACCGGCGUGUUUACCAGUUGGACUGCAGAGCUCUGGCUACGAUGUCACAGACGUGCUGACAGUUAUCAGGUUGUCCCAACAGUUGGAUGACUUUACGAAGAAAGGCCGCGCUUUCGUUUACGACGAGCCGACCGGCCUAUGGUACUUUCGGUCAGGUACUAUCACCGGUAGUACCCUCCGUCGCCCUUCUGUUCCCAGAACUGCCAAAAGAUUCAGAUUCCUCUUGGCCUUGGAUGCUCAUGCCCGAGCCGGUCAUGGGGGUGCUACACCAACAGCUACAUUCAUGCAAGAGGAUGUUCAUGUCAUUGGUGCUACUACAGCCGCUAAGGACGUCUGUCGACGUUGUCUUCCUUGCGCUAAACUCCGGUUACGUAUGACUGCGCUUAGGUGGAACGCGCCUUUAGCUGGCAGCCACUGGGACAUUGAUGAGCUGCUGAGGAAUGGCAAUCCUUACUCAGUAGUUUGCAUCGACUUUUUACACCUGUUCCCUGGCGAGCUGGUGUUUGCUACGAGGUGCAUUACCACUUCUCAUGUAUCAUGGUUUCGCUCUUCAUACUCCGAAGAGUGUGCUGCUGCUGCAGUGGAAGGCGUUAAAGAUCUAAUGUCCCGCUGGGGAAAGAUUCGGGUUGCUUACCUGGAUCGUGGAUCAGCAUUCACGUCUUCCGAAUUUGCUGACACUCUCCGAGAGGAGGGCAUUGAGCUGAGGUACCACGCCGCCAGAGCGCCGUGGGAAACCCCAGUCGAGCGAUCUCAUGCAGUUGGUCUGCGGAUGCUAAGGCUCAAUUAUACCCCCCAACAGUUGGCGAGGUCAUCCGAUCAGGACAUGAAUCGAAUUUAUGAUCAUGUAUCCCUUCUGAUGAAUAGUAUUCCCAUAUGCGUCCACUCAGCAGGUCCGGAUGAUCAGGAUGUGAUAACUGCAGAUCGGCUAGCCCUCGGAUAUACCCGCUCUACCGGAAUCUUACUGCCUAUGAUUGAGUCCGAAUCUGUAGCAAAUGUCCAUAUCGACCGCCCUCGUGCGGUGGAUAGCAUUCGCCGCACUUUUCUUCAACAUCAUUGGCAAUUGUUACGUGAUCGAUGUGCUAAAGCCAUGGGCAAGAAGCGAGGUGUUGAUACCCCUCCUCUUGCUCCAGAUACUACUGUCCUAGUCCGUGUAGCCCAGCGUAAUAAGCUGGACGUUGGCGUUCGUAUCGGUCACAUUGUUGAUGUUAUUAACCCUUCUCGUGAUGGAUAUGUUAGGCGUUACAAGAUCGCCCAAGUAUCUAUCGUACCGAACGCCCAUGAUAAUAAUGAAACUGCUAAUGAUGAAAUCAGUCAUCACUAA